CACCCGUCAAAAUUAAAUCAUUCCGCACGCACUCAACUUCACACACUUGUGUAAUCAAAAAAAAAAGUUAUUCUCUCACUUGAGUCGGCGCUUAUUCGGUUCCGCUGCUGAUUGAUCAAAUUUUGUAUAUUUUCUGUUUAAUCUUAAAGCAAAAACCCACGGCAGCAAUGGCAGCAACAGCACGACUAUUUGCACAAGUCAAAGAUGGGCUCAAACUGUCCUGCGUUCGAUUUAACUCAUACGAAGCGACGAGAAAAAAUCUAAAAUUGAACGGCAACACCAAGGUCAUUGUGCAAGGUUUCACCGGCAAACAGGGAACGUUCCACAGCAAACAGGCCUUGGAUUAUGGCACGAAAAUCGUUGGCGGUGUAUCGCCGAACAAAGCUGGCACGCAACAUUUAAAUUUGCCCGUCUUCAAAUCGGUUUCAGACGCCAAAAAAGCUACAAAUGCUGAUGCUACAGUUAUCUAUGUGCCUCCACCCGGAGCUGCUGCUGCAAUUAUGGAAGCCAUCGAAGCUGAGAUGGGUUUAAUUGUUUGUAUUACUGAGGGCAUUCCUCAGCACGACAUGGUCCGUGUCAAACAUGCACUGACUAGACAGAGCAAGAGUCGAUUGAUCGGCCCCAAUUGUCCCGGAAUUAUUGCGCCCGAACAAUGUAAAAUUGGCAUCAUGCCGGCAGCUGUCCACAAACGAGGAUUGGUCGGUGUUGUGUCGAGAUCGGGAACGUUGACGUACGAAGCCGUAAAUCAGACAACGGAGGUUGGACUCGGUCAAACUCUGUGCGUUGGCAUCGGCGGCGAUCCGUUCAACGGAACCGAUUUCAUUGACUGUCUGGAAGUGUUCCUGAGAGAUCCCGACACAAAGGGAAUCAUUUUGAUUGGUGAAAUUGGUGGCCAAGCCGAAGAAAAAGCUGCCGAUUAUUUGAUGCAAUACAAUCAAGGUAUUAAAGCGAAACCGGUCGUUUCGUUCAUUGCUGGUUUGACGGCACCACCGGGUCGUCGUAUGGGUCACGCUGGUGCUAUUAUAUCGGGAGGCAAAGGCGGUGCUCAAGAUAAGAUCAAUGCGCUGGAAAAGUCGGGAGUCAUUGUCACGCGAUCGCCGGCACAAAUGGGACGGGAAUUGUUAAAGGAAAUGAAACGGUUAGAGCUUGUUUAAUCAUUGAAACUACUCCACUACGCGGUGUUUUUGUAAAAAACAACGACAAAACCAACAACAACAACAUCAUCAAUUCUAUCGAACGGUGUGUGCAUGUUAAAAUUGAAUACACAACGCCAUCGUAACGUAAAUUUUUAAAAUUAAACUUAACGUUCAACACAACCGUCGUCUUAAUUCAUACAUUUUCACUCAGACUUAAUCGUUGACGUAACUAUCAGCUGCACUAAAUACCAAUAUUUAUUACACCUUAAAACUACGAACAGUGAGAGAGAGAGAGAAAGGAGAGAAGAAAUUAGAUAUUUUUUGUACAUUUUUUUCGUUUCAUUUUUUCGUGUCGUGAAUACUAUAAUAUCAACUGAGCCAGGCAGUACUCAACUCAAUUGUGUAAAACUAUAAAUUAAAUUAUUUAAA